AUUUUCUCUAAAAUUUGUCUUGCAGAUCUUAAUAUCUCAAGACAUGUAUUUCCUUGGACUGUUGUCUUUGCUUGCUUUGCAAAGCAAAGCCUUCAAGAUAAAUUUUCCUGAUGAAACCAUUGCUGAGCUUUCUGUGAAUGUUUACAAUCAGCUACGAGUAGCAAGAGAAGAUGAGAAUAUUCUUUUCUCUCCUCUGAGCAUCGCAAUAGCCAUGGGAAUGGUAGAGCUUGGAGCUCAUGGAACCACUCUGAAAGAAAUUCGGCAUUCGUUGGGUUUUGACAGCUUAAAAAAUGGUGAAGAGUUUACCUUCUUAAAGGACCUUUCUGAUAUGGCAGCUACUGAUGAAAGUCAUUAUGUUCUGAAUGUUGCUAAUUCUCUCUAUGUGCAAAAUGGAUUUCAUAUCAGUGAGAAAUUUCUGCAGCUGGUGAAAAAAUACUUUAGAGCUGAAGUAGAGAAUGUAGAUUUCAGCCAAAGUGCAGCUGUAGCUACCCAAAUCAAUAGAUGGGUGGAGAAUCAUACAAAUAAUAUGAUCAAGGAUUUUGUGUCUUCAGGAGAUUUUGGUUCUCCAACUCAUUUGGCUCUCAUCAACGCAAUCUACUUUAAAGGCAAUUGGAAAUCACAGUUCAGACCUGAAAAUACAAGAACUUUUUCUUUCACUAAAGACGAUGAAAGUGAAGUGCAGAUUCCAAUGAUGUACCAGCAGGGAGAGUUUUACUAUGGAGAGUUCAGUGAUGGAUCCAACGAAGCAGGCGGUAUCUAUCAAGUUCUGGAAAUACCAUAUGAGGGAGAUGAGAUUAGUAUGAUGAUCGUUCUUUCCAGACAGGAAGUUCCACUAGUCUCAUUGGAACCACUGGUUAAAGCCUCAUUGAUUAAUGAAUGGGCUAAUUCUGUAAAGAAGCAAAAAGUGGAAGUAUAUUUACCAAGGUUCACAGUAGAACAGGAAAUUGAUCUGAAAGAUGUCUGGAGAGGUCUCGGAAUUACAGAGCUGUUCAGCAGUAGUGCUGACCUCACUGCAAUGUCUGAUAACAAGGAACUUUACCUUGCAAAGGCAUUUCACAAGGCAUUUCUAGAAGUUAAUGAGGAGGGAUCAGAAGCUGCUGCUGCCUCAGGAAUGAUCGCCAUUAGCAGAAUGGCAGUGCUGUAUCCCCAAGUUAUAGUUGACCAUCCCUUUUUCUUUUUGGUCAGAAACAGAAGAACAGGUACUGUGUUAUUCAUGGGAAGGGUAAUGCACCCUGAAGCAAUGAGUGCAAGUGGCCAUGACUUUGAAAAGCUUUAACCACCACCAGCUACCAAAAGAGGAGAUAAGCACAUAAAGUUUGAAGUUAAUAUGUUUAAGGUUUUCUGUGUUUUCCCACAAGAUAUUGUUUAAAAUGCUUUCAGAUCUAACUGUGCAAGUCAAUUUCCAGAGGAAAGCUUACAGUAUUACAGUAAUGCUUCUGUUUCUGUCAUUGUGAUUGUUGUGUCCUUAAAAUAAAUUUGUGUACAUGUCAACAACUGUUUCUUGUUCUAGAGAAUUGUAAAGCAAAAAAAUGCAAAUCCAUUACUGCUAAUUUUUUUACAGUCCAAAGACUGACUUGCUCAAUGAGACAGGAGUGGAAUGUGUGCAGCUUUGAAUAAUGCAAAUGGCAAACCUUGAUGAUAAUUUAUAGUGUUGAAGAACUACAUCUGGAACAUGUAAUAACUUCCUGUUCCUGUAAAAAUAGUAAACAGAUUGCAAUACACUGUCUCAUCAAAGUUAAUGGAACAACUUAAGCCUAGUCAAUUUUAUUCUAUAACAUAACCUGUGGUAGACUUUGUGUGAACUCUCUCACAUGUGAUUCUGAAAUGUUGCUUUUAUGAAUGCUCCUGCAUGUUACUCUGCCGUUGACCUUCCAGAACUGUUGAUGCCAAUAAAAUUUGAUUGCAUGAA